AUAGAUUAGUCUCGUGUGUAUUACAUGUAAUUGGUUACAACAAUUGCUACGUUAUACCUUCGUCGUGGCUACAACCGCAAGCUGUAUAAUAUGAGGAAUGACAUUCACGUGAAAAAUCGAUCCCGGAUGGGAUACACACCACAUCUCGGCCAUGAUAAGUGAAGCAAGAUAGUCGACUGAAAUGUUGGCAGAGAUAAGCAGCUUUUGCACAUAAAUGUACAAGAUAUUAUGUCGAAUGUUGGGCGCCAAAGGGAUCAAUUGUUUCUGAUCACCAGUAGGCGAUAACUUAAAGUGACAUGUAGCUUCAAAGGGUAACAAACAGUUCAGUGUUCGAUUUGCCCUGGCAAGCCAACAUUUAGUGGUUGGAGCGUACUUCCUCAGCUAAAAAUACACACGGGGACGGUUUGUUCUUUGUGAAGUAAGGCAAGGUGGAUUGUUUUUACCGUCGCGUUCAAGAUUUGUGUAUUCUAUAGCGUGUGUUUGGCUGCUUGUACUAGUCGUGAUUUGGGCUGUUUUUAUAGUGCAAGCGCACAUAUCGUCAGCCACCAUACUUCAGUGUAACAUGGAUACCCCACUCAGACACGUUACACAGACGCUCGAUCCAACAGACCACAGAGAUGAAGGGCCCCCGCCUUGGUACCGCUCCACCCGAUAUUUCAUAGCUUUCAUUAGCUCCUUCGGCAUGGCGAAUACAUUCCUUCAACGCGGCGACCUCAGCAUGGCUAUUGUCUGCAUGGUCAACCACACUGCGGUGGACAUCCUAAAAUACGGCCAUUCAGUGAACGACAAUGCCACCAUCUCCACCAACGACACAACGAGAUAUCUGUACAUGGGAAUCAACACAACCUCUAACAUAAGAUUCACGAGCAAUGCCACUGAUGAUGAGUCUCCAUACCGUUCAUGUGGCACUCCAACAUUUGAUGACAAUUCACAGGAGCGUGAGAAUGGGGAGCUGGUGUGGGACAAGCAGGCACAGGGCCUCGUGCUUGGAGGGCUUUUCUGGGGCUACAUGACUCUCCAGAUUUUCUGCUCAAUUCUUAUCCAACGAUGGGGAUCAAAGAAAGUGGUGGCGACUGGGAUGUUCUUCAUGUCAAUACUCACGUUGUUGACGCCGGUCACAGCCUGGUGGUCCCCCUGGGCAGUGCUCGUACUCAGAGCAAUUAUGGGAGUCUUUAACGGUUUUACUAUUCCUGGUCUGUUUGCUGUCUGGGGAAAAUGGGCGCCUCCGACAGAACGAAGUCGACUCAUAUGCAUCACAUACUCCGGCAAUAUAUCAGCAACUGCUCUAGUGUUUCCUCUAUCAGCGUUCCUCUGCAAGGUGAACUUUGCCGGAGGAUGGCCCUCCGUGUUCUAUCUCUAUGGUGUCCUAGGCUUAUUGUGGACGUUCAUCUGGAUGUUCUGCAUGUACGAUGAACCGGCACACCAUCCUAGAAUACACCCAAAGGAACUGCAGUAUAUAGAAGCAUCACUUGGAAGGUCGACCACGAAAGACGUGUCAGUACAGAUACCUACUCCAUGGGUAGAUAUAUGCACGUCUUUACCCUUCCUUGCUAUAGUAUGUGCUCAGGUGACCUAUAACUGGAGCAUCUUCCUCAUGAUGUCCAACCUACCCAUCUACAUGAAGGAAGUACUGCGCUUCGACAUUAAAUCGAAUGGCGUAUAUUCCUUCAUCCCUUAUCUGGCCAUGUUCCUCGUAAUUCUUCUCGGGUCAUUAUGUGCAGAUGCUCUCAUAGAGAAACAGUUGCUAAGUGUAAAGUACACAAGGAAACUCAUGACGGUCAUAGGUCAUCUUGUUCCUGGCAUGUUGUUGAUCGUACUGAGCUAUCUAGACUGCACCCAGAGUCACAUCGCUGUGGCCGUUCUGACGUUAGCCAUCGGCCUUGGCGGUUUGGCCUUCUGUGGAAUCUUGGUCAACUUCUAUGAUAUCGCGCCUGUAUUUGCCACCAAAAUUAUGACUGUUUCCAACGCCGUGAGCAUGAUUCCUGGAAUACUGGUGCCCUAUGUUGUUGCUGAGGUCACGAAAGAUAAAACUAGAGAACAGUGGCAGAUAGUGUUUUUCCUGACCGCCGGUCUGCUUGGGAUCGGAACUGUUGUGUACCUAAUUCUUGGACAGGGUCACGUGCAGAAGUGGGCAAUCAUCCGGGAUACACCUGAGGAAGAAAUAGCUCUUCCUUCUUAAUGAUCAACCUGCAACACGCCAUUUCAGAGUAAAUGAGCAGAUACAAAUAAUUCCGACCCCGUCGUGAUAUUGCGAGAAUACUGCUAAAAGCGGCGUAAAACCAUGCUCACUCAAUCGAAAUUCCGGCAUGAGUUAUUCACUAAAUGAUUAUAUCUUUUGCAACACUUUGCAUAUUAACUCAGUUGCCAUGGACACUGUGUUGUUUUAGUCAAAUGGUAUGGUAUUUGUGCAUUGUUGAUUUGUUUGCAUGUUUUGGAAAUAAAAGGGCAAUUAUAUUUUAGUGAUAAAAUAUGUUCUUGUUUUUAAUUUAACGAAAUGCUUGCAUGGUUCUAUAGUUUCUAGAAUAAUGUGAAAUAUGGGAUGAGAGCAGCUGCAGUAACAUUGUCUACAUGUUUAGUUCUUCAUGUUCAAAUGAACAUAUAUAAAUAGUGAAUUAAAUGCUAUCGUGGGCUUAUCAAAAUAUGAAAUGACAUUACAGAAUGCAGAUAUGGAUUAUGCUUUCGACAAUAAUCAAACUUCCCCGACACUAUAUGUAAUUUGUUUGUUGUUGAUUUGU